AUGAAAUAGAUGACGAUAUAUUGAAAGAGAUCAUAGAUGAGUGGAUGGAUGUCCAUGAAGAUAGAAGUGUAUAUCCAAUCAAAAGACGUAGAUACUUCAAAGAUUUCAGUGCUGAGUCAAAGAUCAACAAAUUCAUAAAAAGGCACCCGUGGAGACUGACUUCUUAUCUUUUGGACGUCGUUCAGAGGGAUUUAUUGACAUUUUUGGUUCACAAAACUAAAAACGUGACAUACGAGGAGGCAUAUAGCCUGUGCUGUCAGACUGAAAUAAAUAUCUUAAAAAAUGGAAAAGGACUAGACAGUUGUGUGAAUCUUACAUUAGAGUUAAAUCAAUGGCAACACGAUUAAACACAUAUUUCAAAGUUUGGCCUUAUACUCAUAUAUAGUCACUACGAUUUAACGUGCUUGCACAGCAUAGCCAUUUUGUAUAUGAUGACCAACAUUUCUGGCCAAACUGUGAAGAGACAGUUUAUGGGAAUAUGUUUUCUUUUUAUAUUUUAAUGACAGACUCUCAUCAUUGAACUCGGGUGCACAAGAUGGAAUGUUUAGCACUCAAAACAUUUUAAUGUGUUAUAGACUAGAGUUAAGAGCAUGCUGAUCAUACAGGCGUACUGGUUAUACACCCUUGGUGUUUUUAAAAGAUAUAUCUCAAGAUAUAUUGUAAGAGUAGAGUCAGUAGACUGAUAGAGGACAAAUGCGGAAAUAAAUCCAUAUGAAUAUAAUAUA